CUCUCCUUCCAGAUCCAUCUCUCCACCUUCAUCUCCUCUCUGCAGCAUCCCUCCUCCUGCUCGGCCAAUCACCUGCUAGAGAGUGUGAUCAUGUGACCGGCAGCCACCAAUAGCUGUCCACCAGGCACCGGCAAAAAUAGGGGAGGUGUCUCUCCUCCUCCUCCUCCUCCUCCUCCUCGUCCUCUCUGUGAGUCAGACGGUGUGUCUGGAGGAGAGUCGAUGGAUGUGAAGGAUCCGUCUAACGAGCUGAGACACGUUGCUUCUUCUUCACUCGGAGUUUAGACGCUGCAGCUCCGUCUGUUACCGCCUCUGCCUCCCUCCCUCUCCCGGGGAACACAGGGGGGAUGAAUGGGGAGGCGAUGGAGGGGAACCCGGCACAAGUGCAGCAGCAUGCCGGUAACGGCUCCCACCUCCCUCCCCCUCCCACCAUCACGCCAGCCAUCCCUCCCUACGUGAAACUGGGUCUGACCAUCGCCUACACCAUCUUCUACUCGCUGCUGUUCGCCUUCGUCUACGCCCAGCUCUGGCUGGUGCUGCGGUACCGACACAAGCGCUUCAGCUACCAGACGGCCUUCCUGUUCCUGUGUCUGCUGUGGGCCGCCCUGCGCGCCCUCCUCUUCUCCUUCUACUUCAGAGACUGCGUGACCGCCAAUGCGCUCGGACCCUUCGCCUUCUGGCUGCUCUACUGCUUCCCCGUCUGCCUGCAGUUCUUCACGCUCAGCCUCAUGAACCUCUACUGUGCACAGGUUUAUUUUAAGGCCAAAUCCAAGUAUUCACCUGCACUACUCAAGUACAGACUUCCUCUUUACCUGGUCUUCUUGGGCGUCAGUCUUCUCUUCCUGGUGGUUAAUCUGGUCUGUGCCCUGCUGGUCAAAAUGACCGCGGCCGACGUCAAGACCAUCGUCCUGGUGAGGGUCACCAUCAACGAUAGCCUGUUCGUCCUCUGCGCCGUCUCGCUGUCCGUCUGCCUCUACAAGGUCGCCAAGAUGUCGCUGGCCAACAUCUACCUGGAGUCGAAGGGGACGUCGGUGUGUCAGGUGACGCUGAUUGGCAUCAUGGUGGUGCUGCUGUACGCAUCGCGGGCCUGUUACAACCUCGUGGUCCUAGCCCUCACCGACAUCGAGACCAUCAACUCCUUCGACUACGACUGGUACAACGUCUCGGACCAGGCGGACUUGCGGUCUUCGCUGGGAGACGCCGGUUACAUCGUGUUCGGGGUGAUUCUGUUCGUCUGGGAGCUGCUGCCCACCUCGCUGGUCGUCUUCUUCUUCAGGGUCCGACGGCCGCCUCAGGAAAGGAGCACUGCCGGGAUACCGAACCACGUUCUCUCCUCCAGAGGAUAUUUCUUCGACAACCCUCGUCGGUACGACAGCGACGAUGACCUGGCGUGGAGCAUUCCUCCCCAGAAUGCAUCAGCAAGUCUUUCCUCCGACUGCUACGACUGGGGCAGCCGCCACAGCAGCUUCACUGUGCACACCAACGGCGACGAACAGCGCCUGACCACCGCCGCCGGAGAGCUCCACCCUUACCCAUAAUUCCUCUGUUCACUGUACAGCAUCACUCUGCACUUUGACACCAAUCAGUUAUUGUGUUUCUUAUCACUGACGUACCAGUUUGUAGAGAAUUUAUAGAAAAUACCAGAAUGUCCAGCAGGGUUCCCACAUGGGUCGUAUUCAUGUUAACACUGUAGCGCCCCCCUCAGGCCACUGCAGCACACAGCAGCUCAUCAGGAUCCGAUUCGCUGAUGGAGGCUUUGAAGUUUGGAGAAAUCCAUGUUCCAAAUAUAUUUAGGUUUUGCACAAAUUGGAUGAAUUGUACAAAUCAGUUUCAUAACGACGAGUUGCGUUUAAACGUUAUCCGGCUGCUGCGGCGCCACCUACAGGUCAGAGGGUCGAUCCCUAUGAAUAUGAAUGAAAGUGAGUUUAAAAGGUCCAGUUUGUAACAUAAGAGGAUAAAAAUGUCAGUGGAUCCAGAGUGUGGAGGAGCCCUGCUUCAGAGAAAGUCUGUGUUGUUUAGAGUCUGUAGACAAUGUUGUGAUGAAUGUUUCUUCGAUCAUUUGGGGAGCUUUUCAUCGAGUAUUAACUCGGGCACAAUUCUUCAUUUCAUUUGAGACAAUUAUUCCCGCCUCACUCUGCAAACGAAGGUCCCAGAUGUGAUUUUUAAGACUUCUGGAGAGUGAUGAGACACUUUCAGACAAUCUGUCGGGUUAAUGAAGGUCACUUAAAGCUCCAGUGUGUAACACUAAUAUCCACAGGUGUGUUUUCUUUUAGUGUUUAAUCACCUGAAAAUAAGAUUCACUGUUUUUGUUACCUUAGAAUGUUUUUAUCUACAGAGGCAGCGGGUCCUUUCUGGCAGAGUCCGCCAUGUUUCUCACGAUUCUCAUGGCCACCAUAGUUCCUCCUACAUGCUUGGAAGAUGUGACUAAACCCUAAACACUGGAACUUUAAGCUUUUGACAUUAACCUGCGAAACAAUCGAACAAUCUUUCGAGUCAUUUUCUGAGAUUUUUGACUGUAAGAGACAAAAGACAAAAAGAUGGACGACAUGACAGCUCUCCAAAAACUCAGCUCUCCCCCUUAUAAAGCUUAUAAAGUAUUAUAUACUACAAAAUCAAAUUAAAUAAAUGUUUCCCAAAGAUG